UAUAUCCCUCUUAGAAAGCAAAUGCUUUUCUCCGGUGUCCCCUUCCCCCAUUACCUCCUGGGAAUGAGAGCUCACUGAAUGGAUUAUUUGCAUUUAGAGGGACUGCUCCAAACAAUCUGUUCUCCUGCCCAGCUCCCUUCCUCCGAAGGUGGGAAAAAUAGGAGAUUAGUCAUGUCUGAGCUACAGAAAUGGGCAAGAUCGAGAACAACGAGAGGGUGAUCCUCAACGUGGGGGGAACCCGGCAUGAAACCUACCGCAGCACGCUGAAGACCCUUCCAGGGACCCGCUUAGCUCUGCUAGCCUCGGAGCCCCAAGGAGAUUAUUUAACUGGAGGUGAUGAGCAGCAGCCAUCUCCCCCUCCCCAGACGCCUCCCUCUCCGCCGUCUGGCCCAGCUGGAGGCUGCUUCGAGAACAGCGCAAGCAACUGUAACCCCCCGGCCGCCCCCGGAUGCGGGAGGGCCGAGUUUUUCUUCGAUCGACACCCUGGGAUCUUCGCCUACGUACUCAACUAUUACCGCACAGGCAAGCUACAUUGUCCUGCUGACGUGUGCGGACCCCUGUUCGAAGAGGAGCUGGCCUUCUGGGGCAUCGACGAGACUGACGUGGAGCCCUGUUGCUGGAUGACCUAUAGGCAGCACAGGGACGCGGAGGAGGCGCUCGACAUCUUUGAGACCCCCGACCUCAUUGGCGGCGACCAGGGCGAAGAAGAGGAUCUGACCGCUAAGAGGCUGGGCAUUGAAGAGGUGGUAGGGGUGGGUGGCCCGGACUGCAAAAACAGCCGUUGGAAAAGGCUUCAGCCCCGGAUGUGGGCUCUCUUCGAGGACCCCUACUCUUCUCAAGCCGCCAGGUUCAUUGCUUUUGCUUCUUUAUUCUUUAUUCUGGUUUCAAUCACAACCUUUUGCCUGGAGACCCAUGAAGCUUUUAAUACCAUUAUAAACAAGACAGAACCAGUCAUCAAUGGCACAAAAGUUGUUCUGCAGUAUGAAAUUGAAACCGAUCCUGCUCUGACGUAUGUAGAGGGCAUAUGUGUGGUGUGGUUUACAUUUGAAUUUUUAGUUCGUAUUGUUUUUUCCCCAAAUAAACUGGAAUUCAUCAAAAAUCUCUUGAAUAUCAUUGACUUUGUGGCUAUCCUACCCUUCUACCUGGAAGUAGGACUAAGUGGGCUCUCAUCCAAAGCUGCUAAAGAUGUCCUUGGCUUCCUCAGGGUAGUGAGAUUUGUCAGGAUUCUAAGAAUCUUUAAGCUCACCCGCCAUUUUGUAGGGCUGAGAGUCCUUGGCCAUACUCUUCGAGCAAGCACUAAUGAAUUCUUGCUGCUAAUAAUCUUCCUAGCCCUAGGAGUUUUGAUAUUUGCCACCAUGAUCUACUAUGCUGAGAGAGUAGGGGCUAAACCUAAUGAUCCUUCAGCUAGUGAGCACACACAAUUUAAAAAUAUCCCCAUUGGGUUUUGGUGGGCUGUGGUGACCAUGACCACUCUGGGUUAUGGGGAUAUGUACCCACAGACCUGGUCAGGGAUGUUAGUGGGGGCCCUGUGUGCUUUGGCUGGGGUACUAACCAUAGCCAUGCCCGUGCCUGUCAUUGUCAACAAUUUUGGAAUGUACUAUUCUUUGGCAAUGGCAAAGCAGAAACUUCCGAGGAAGAGAAAGAAGCAUAUCCCUCCAGCUCCUCAGGCAAGCUCUCCUACCUUUUGCAAGAUGGAUUUGAAUUUGGCCUGCAAUAGCACACAGGGAGAUCCAUGCCUGGGCAAAGACAAUCUAUUGCUGCACCAUAACCAAUCAGUGUUAUCAGGUGAAGACAGUGCAGGAAGUGAGCAACCAUUGUCACCCCCUGAAAAGCUACCAAUGAGACGCUCUAAUACCAGAGACAAAAACAGAAGAGAGGGAGCCUGUUUCCUACUGACUACAGGUGAUUACACAUGUGCCACGGAUGGAGGAAUCAAGAAAGAUAACUACAAAGAGGUUGUCAUUACUGGUUACAUGCAAGCAGAGGCCAGAUCUCUAACAUAAUGACUUGAGGAAGGCACAAAACAUGAAAGAAAGCUUUCUGGCAAAGGAAUUAAUUCACUGUCUGGUCCUGCUGUUAUUGACUACAUUGUUGCCCAGACUUUUUCAUGGAUUUUUAAUUGCUGAUAAGAGACAAUGGAAUUUAGCCAUACCAAAAACUGUAUUGGAAAGUGACUAUUGCUGCUGCUAAAUGGGUCCUGAUAGGCAUGUUAUGCCUUGAAGAGGUCUUUGGAUCCUUACUUGAAUUUAAAGAUGACUAAAAGAUCAUGGAAUGAACUUGGUGUUUCCAGUGUGAGAGAGUUGCCAGUGGACAAGCCAGUGUUGAUGAACCCAUUCUAAAUAAAUUUUUAAAAAGAAAUACACAUUGUGCAUGGGGUGUCAGCUUUAGUUAUCUCACAUCAAAAAUAGCUGAAUUUGCAGCAAUUGCUGGCCUUUUAUGCUGCUUGCAAAUGCACAAGUCUCUAUGUGUUUCCUCAUGGGCCUCUCCCUACCCAGUAGAUUGUGCUGUGAAUCAAAGACACAUGUGUGGUGUUAAUUCCAUGUAUGUUUGUCUUAAUUUUCCACACACUUACUACAUUUUGGGGUAAAAAAUUAAUUCUUAAACAUUGUUCCUAUUUAUUAAUAGUCAUUGAUGUGAUUAUAUUGGUUAAUUAUUUUAUAAUUUUUAGUGUCUAUGAAAAACAUUCUGAUUUUCAUUUUUUUGAGAAAACAACUGUUAUGGCUGGGAAAAUAUCACUAACAUUGUUCAUAGUGUAAGUAUUUUUUUCAUUGUUACCUCAAGUAUAUAAAUAUUUUGAAAAAAUAAAAUUCUGACAAAUAAUAUUUUUCUUACAAUAAUAAUGGAGCAACAUCAGUUGCUACAUAGUGAAAUAUGUAAUCAAAUUAUAUCUUAAAAUGUAUAUUUUGCAUAAGAGAGAUAUUCUUUGAUCAAUUAUUCUUUGUGAGUUUUGUGGUAAUUGAAGCCAGUCUAUUAUAUGUCUCUGAAGUUUCAUAGUUGAAAAUGUUAAAGAUUAUUUCAUUUUGUUGAAUGAACAUCUCCAGAAUGUAUUAGUGGCCCUGGGAUCCUGGAAAUUUGAAUCUAUCCCAUUUGUGAAACUCUCUAUUGUAGAUCUUUUGUGAACAUUUAAAGUGCAUGGACAAUCUUGGUGAAAACCAAUGAUAAUGUAACUAAUUGAAAUGAAGAAUAAAGGGUAAAUGAGUUUGGGAUGAA